AGUUCAUCUCAGGCAGCUAGCUAGUGUUCAAAUACAGCUGCAUAUCCACCGCUGUCAACCCACCCAUUCAUUUCCGGCCUUUUGAGAAUGUAACUCAUCGUUAUAUAUUUGUCUGCAACCAUCUCUGCGAUCGAAAUCUGUAAGGUUUGGAAACAGUACUUUAAUCGGAGCUGUAAAAUGCCCCAGAAGACAGUAGAUGGACCUGGUCCAUCUCAGAAGGAGCACAAUGCUGCCAAAAUAGCGAACCACUCUUCAGAUGAGGGAUCCUCAUAAACUUUAAUGUCUAUGAACUUACUUGAAUACAUCUAAUCACUUCCACUCUAUUGAUCUAGUGUCUUGCCCUCAGUCUCCCCACUGAAAGACUUAUUAAUAAUGCUGUUUUCUCUGCGAGAGCUGGUGCAAUGGCUGGGCUUCGCCACCUUCGAACUGUUCCUCCACCUGGGCGCACUGCUGGUCUUCAGUGUGCUGGUGGCCCUGCAUAUGGAUGUGGACAAGCUUGAGAUGAGCUGGUGGCUUGUUUUCUCACCUUUAUUCACUGCUGAUGGCCUCAGCACCUACUUCACAGCCAUUGUAUCCAUCCGCCUGUACCAGGAAGGAGAGAAGCGGCUGGCAGUGCUUCGUUUGCUGUGGGUGCUGACCGUGCUUAGCCUCAAGCUCGUGUGUGAGGUGCUGCUAUGCCAGAAACUGGCAGAGCAGGCACGGGACCUUUGGUUCGGUCUAAUCGUCUCCCCACUCUUCAUCCUCCUGCAGCUGCUCAUGAUCCGUGCUUGCCGUGUCAAUUAAAGAACAGAAGCCAAUGAACUUCUUUGAAUCAAAUGGACCCUUGCUGGUGUCACUAAAACCAGGGGGGUGAAUCAUUGCGACUACAUUUAUGAAAAUAUAUUCAAAUACAUUUCUGGCAUAAGCAUGUAAACGUGGCAGCAUUGUACCUUAUACAGUGCUUCAAGUAUUGUGCAAUUUUUGAUUAUUAUUCUUGUUGUCCUUAAGUGCUAUGAGGGAUUUUGUCUGGAUUUUCCCUGAAUACUGUUAAUGUUGCUUUCUGUCUCAUUGCCUUUUAUCAUUGUUUGUACAAUUGUAAAUAAACCAUAAACAUUCAGAUAUUA